AUGGUUGAAUAUUCUACAGGUCUUAAAGUUAAUGAUAUCAAUGAUAAUCAAAUGAAAGAAGUACCAGUCGGUGAAUUUAAAGUGCUCUUGUCAAGAAUUAACGGGCAAAUUUAUGCUACUGGUACCAAUCCAUGGCAUGCUGCUUGUUUCAACGUAACCACUGGUGAUAUUGAGGAUGCUCCUGGAUUGGACAGUCUUCAAAAAUACAAAGUAAAUAUAAAAAAUGAUGAAAUUUUUGUUGAGGCAGAUGAGAUUGCAUUAAAAAGUGGUAAAAAACCACCAAAAUGUUCAUUAGAAGCGCCACCAUCCAAUGAAACUACUUUGUUAAUUAUUGGUGGAGGUGCUGCUGGAAAUGCAGCUGCAGAAAAAGCUCGUAAUGAUGGAUUCACUGGUAAAAUUAUCAUAGUAAGCCGUGAAAGUUAUCUUCCAAUAGAUAGGCCAAAAUUAAGUAAAGCACUUGGAAUGAAUGUUGAGAAAAUAACUCUUCGAAGUAAAUCAUUUUAUGAUGAUUUAUUUAUUUCACUUAAAUUAGGAACUAGUGCAAUUGCAUUAGAUCCCGUCUCAAAAAUUGUUACUCUUGAUAAUAAUGAAAAAAUAAAAUAUGAUAGUUUGAUUAUUGCCACUGGUGCAUCACCACGUGUUAUUCCAAUCCCAGGAAUUAACCUUCAAAAUAUAUUCUAUCUAAGAUCUUUUGAUGAUCAUAAAAACAUUGAUAAUGCUAUUGGUAAAGAAGAAAAGAAAAAUUUAGUUGUUAUUGGAUCAUCUUUUAUUGGUAUGGAAGUUGCGUCAAUCUCUGCUAAAAGAGCUAAUGUAUCAGUUAUUGGAAUGGAAAAGGUUCCAUUUGAAAGAGUACUUGGUCUUGAGAUUGGUGGAGCUUUAAAAAAAUUACAUGAAAAAAGUGGCAUUAAAUUUUAUCUAGAGUCUGGUGUUAAUUCAAUUGAAGCUUCUGAAUCUGACCCUACAAAAUGUUCUGCGGUUGUUUUAAAAGAUGGAACCAAAAUCCCUGCUGAUAUUGUUGUAGUUGGUGCUGGUGUUGUGCCUGAAACU